UGAUUACGUAUACAUGCACAGGUAUGUACCUUCACAAGACGCGGAGCAGAUCCGAUAAGCCUACUUAUAAUUUCAGUGCUAGGAUGAGGCCGCGAUUUAAAGUGAUUGGUCUUCGGACUAACUUUGUCAACGAAGUGGCAUUAUCUUGUAACAUCUGUCACUACACCGGUCACGCCGGUGAAGAACGGGAUAAUAAGUGUCAUGGAAAGAAUGAAAUACGUUACUUCUUAUCUCAGUGAGCUCAAACUAAAAUAAUUGGCUGCACCCGCCACAGUGUGGCAAUAUGGUCCGUGCCAUAAUAUUUGUGGGGUAUAAGCGCGGUACGUAAAUUAGGUAUUUUAAUAUAAUUCUUUAUUUAAUCGCGUCUUCGCUUAUUGCUCUACCUUACGUAACGCCUUGCCUCACCUACAAGCACCGCUCACUUCAACAUAACACACACAUAUUCCAAUCGGAUUCACGGCUUCUCGCUUUUCUAGGACAAAUGUUGCGUAAUCAGGACAUAUGUACCCGGCAAAAGUCAGGUACCGAAUCAGUAUUGAAUAGUUAGAGCCGGACGCGAACCAGCAUUAGCUAAAUGUCAUGGACGGAGAAUAUGGAUGAUACGCUUGUCUAACAGCAAUGAUGCGGCAUCGUUAAGGCGUGGUGGUGUAUAUAAACGGCUUGUCUCGCCAGUGUGUAAUGUCUUGCUGUUCUCGCAUUCUAUCACACAUCUCACAUCCACAACUCGAUAUAUCAGGAAUCAUACGCAUCAGCUACAGCAGCCAUCACAUCUACACAUCUAUCUACCUACAUCUCUUCACAAUGGCAACAGGCAAGAAGAUCGUCCUAGUCACAGGCGCCAACACGGGCCUCGGCUACGAAAUCAUCAAGGCGCUCUACCAGACGGACAUCCCCUAUGAGAUCAUCGUCGGCUGCCGCACCAUCUCCAAAGGCGAGGCCGCCAUCGCCAAGCUGAAGGAGGAGACGACCGCCGCGUCCCCCUCGUCCCUCAGCACCCUGCAGGUAGACCUCAACUCAGACGCGUCCCUCGAGUCGGCCGUCGACACGCUGGAGGCUAAGUACGGACGCCUGGACGUGCUCAUCAACAACGGCGGCUGCACCUUCGACACGGAGGUGCGGGAGGGCAAGAUGCCGAUUCGCGACGGCUUCAACGCGACCUGGGACACCAACGUCUCCGGUACCCACUUCUUCACAACCCUCGCCGUGCCGCUACUGCUCAACUCCGCCGACCCGCGCCUGCUCUUCGUCACCAGCGGCACCACCUCCAUGGCCGAGACCGAGGUCCAAGUCGGCAAUCCCGGCCUGCAGAGGCUGAACGCGGCGCCGCCCGCCGGGUGGCCCAAGCCCAGGGCCGGCAUGGAGCUCACCAUGUACCGCGUCGUCAAGACGGGACUGAAUAUGCUCAUGCGCGAUUGGACGCGCCGGCUGAGGAACGACGGGGUUAAGGUCUGGGGCAUUUCGCCUGGGUUCUUGGCUACGGGGUUUGCGGGCAUGGCUCCGGAGAAGUGGAGGGAGAUGGGUGCCCUGGACCCGGCGCUGGGCGGACAGUUCAUACGGGACGUUGUGGCGGGGAAGCGGGAUCAGGACGUUGGUAAGGUUAUUCGGGCUAUGGGGAUUCAGCCUUGGUAAAUGGGGAUACCUGCGCGGAAAAAAUAGAUAGGGGAUGGAAUCAGAAGUCAAUUUUAUUGUUCAUUAAUUUUUCCUGUCGUUCGGUGCCUAGGGUACUACCGCUAUGAUAUGUAUCAGAGAGAGCAAUAGAUUCUUCAUAGAAUCGAUGAUGUAUUCAAUCUCUAGAAAUCUAAGUCCAUAAACGAAAACUUUUCUCUAAACCU